AUGAGCAGCAAUCGUGGUAAAUUAGCACCAGAAGUGAACCGAGCUCUGUUCGUAAAGAACUUGAGCUACAACGUAACUCCCGAGGAGUUGUUCGACCUGUUCGGAAAAUUCGGCCCAAUCCGACAGGUUCGACAGGGCAUUGCCAACAACACGAAGGGCACCGCAUUCGUUGUCUAUGAAGACGUCAUGGAUGCCAAGCAGGCUUGCGACAAGCUGAACGGUUUCAACUUCCAGAACCGUUACCUUGUCGUCCUGUACCACCAGCCAGAGAAGAUGCUCAACCGCACGAAAGAGGACCUCGAGGCGCGCCGCGAGUCUUUAGCUCAGCUCAAGAAGCAGCACGGCCCGUCUUCCAUGUCUUCACCCAAGACUUCCGCCGCCGCCGCCGCCGCGGCCUCCCCUUCUUCCAAGACGGCCCACCGUCACGACAAGCUUGGCGUUGCCGGGCACGUACGCCGGGCCGUCGUCCGCUUCGCCGACGGAGGUCGAUCCAACGCCCUCCAGCCACAGACAUGUGCGUAA